CCACAUGGUUAUGGUUGCGGGGCACGCUGUUGUCAUGGCAGACUCCUUGGAGCACAUCCUGCACAAAGAGUCUGAUUGGUUCCUGGAGUCCUACCAGCGUGGCCAAGAUUUGCCUCAAGCUCUUGUAAGCCACAUCAAGGCCGGCGUUGAAGUGGCAGCAUUGGACCCGAAGCUUGGUAAGGAGACCAUCCUUGGCAAGUACGUGUGGAAGGCCCUUCUCAUCUUUUCCGGGGGCCAGACGCGUGCGGCUGCAGGACCCAGGGACGAAGGUUGGAGCUACUACCGUGUGGCCGAGUACUUCGACUGGUGGGGCUAUUCGGCAAACCGGCCAGACUUUCUGCGCGAAGCGCAGCAACGAACCCAGCUGGCAGGGCAAAGCUAUAUGCCGGUGGCCCAACGCACAGUGACCGAGGAGUUUGCCCUGGAUUCUUACCAGAACGUACUCUUUUCCAUCUGCCGCUUCAGAGAGAUCGUGGGUCACUACCCCGACAAGAUCACUGUUGUGAGUUUCACCUUCAAGAAGCAGCGCUUCUCUGACCUUCACCGCGGAGCCCUGCGCUUUCCCAGCGCGAGAUUUUCCUACGUGGGUAUUCAGCCACCUCCUGGCUCUCGCUUCGACAUGGUGAGGGCGCAGGGGGGGGAGCUCGGGGCUGCAAAGCUUUUCCAGUCCGAUCCCUAUGGCUGCCACUCACCUGACUUGGUGGAGAAGAGGCGGUCGAGAAACCCGUUUCAGCGGACCACACCUUACCUUCUGUCAUGA